UUCAUUAUCGGCAUUUUUAUUGCAUUCCAACAACAUCGUCCGUGUCCAGGUGGAUUUUGCCUUCACCGUGUGGCAGAGUUUUCCCGAGCGAAUCGUCGGCUAUCCGGCACGCAGCCACUUCUGGGACGGCAACAAGGAGCGCUGGGGUUACACCUCCAAGUGGACCAAUGACUACUCGAUGGUGCUGACCGGCGCCGCCAUCUACCACAGGUAUUACCACUACCUGUACACCAACUACCUGCCCUCGAGUCUGAAGAGUAUGGUGGACACGCUGGCCAACUGUGAGGACAUCCUGAUGAACUUCCUGGUCUCGGCCGUCACCAAGCUCCCGCCGAUUAAGGUCACCCAGAAGAAACAGUACAAGGAGACCAUGAUGGGACAGUCUUCGAGGGCAUCUCGCUGGGCCGACCCGGACCACUUCGCUCAACGGCAGACGUGCAUGAACAAGUUUGCCAGCUGGUUUGGCGUCAUGCCGCUGAUCCGCUCCCAGAUGAGACUGGAUCCGGUCCUUUUCAAGGACCAGGUGUCCAUCCUUCGCAAGAAAUACAGGGACAUCGAGAGGCUCUGACAGGACCAGCACCCCCUACGCCGGGGGAGGCGUGAGGGCAGGGGGCGGGGAAGCGAUGACGCUCCGCCGUGUUGCUGAUGUGAACAAACGCUGAGAAGAAUAUGGAGAUAAGGAACAGUGGUUUGCACAUACUGCUGACAACAACUCUUGGAUAGAAUUUUUUUUUUUUUUUUUUUUUUUUUGGGUGGAUGACACUGACUGUCCUGCUCGCCCAGCAGGUCCGCAUAAGAGAAGUUUCUGGAUGUCGAGGGGGAGGGGGGCAUUUCUGAUAACACUGCCCGCCGCAAACCCCGCCCCACCCCAAGCAAUCCAUCAGGACACGAUGACCGGACGUACUCUCACCCUGACCCUACUACAAUCCCGCCGCCCCCAACACUGCUUUAUCGCCUGAUUUGAUUUUUUUGACCAAUCAGCUGUCACGGAGAGGGUUGGAAUUCAGAGAAUCGUUUUUUUGCUUUUACGGACAUUAACGUGCUAUAUCCCAAUCAGAAUGACAAGAAAUGACAUUUCCUCAUGUUCCCCGCCAUUAACGACCCAAAGUCUCUGUUUUGUUUUGUUUUGCUUUUCUAGUCUGUUUCAUUUAUUUCUGAGCUAAUUGUCCCCUCGCUCAUCAGUGUAAUUGUGUUUUAAUUUUCUCAGAGUGAGUGUGUGAGAGGCUGUGUGAGAGAUGGCACAUCCAACUCUAAGUCGAAACUCAUUUGCCUCGUUCUUCGCAGAUGAGCAAAAAAAUGAACAUUUUGGGAGAACCGGAGUAAAACACGAAAUGUUCAACUGCCAUUCGCAUCCUGCUCCGUUGGCCUGAAAUGUAAACGGCAUCCUUGCCGGGCCAUCGGUGUCAUUUCCUGAGCGUGCCAUGUUGACAUCAGGUCUGCCUUCAGAAUUAUUUAUUGCACCUUGUCGCUGCCUGGAUUAAUUUGACGAGGCCGAGUUGCACCUUUAAAAUUUAGAAUUAGCAUUAGCGGCAUCGAUCCACAACGUUGAUUAUGUACCGACAUCAAACAGGCCAACGGUUUGCAACUUCAUCGGCAGCCGCUCUUGAGUUGAUCAUUUUCGAGCGACGAGAUCGGAAGUCCGCUCGGACACUUGAAUGAAUGAAACGUGCUUUUCGCGGCCUAUCUGUCGAGCUCGCAUUCAGCCAAAGCUGUGAAUCACUCACUGCCAUUUUUUUUUUCAUUUUGCUGUUAGUUAAAAAAAAAAUGCAACAGUGCCAUGAUGAGGUCAUGCUGACGCGAUCGAGUGUAAUCGCAACACUGUCACAUCAAACGCAAAAGCAAAUAGGAGCUAAAUCAAGCGCAAGUUCAAGUACAGUGGAACCUUAACGCCUUCCCAAUGGAAAUCAAAAGACUUAUGCUACGUCAGAACGUUUUAACGACCGUUGGGCCACUGCCAUUUUAUCUUAAAAAAAGGAGAGCGAAUGAAAAAUCCGCACGCCAUUUGACGCUGACCCAAAACGCGCUGUAAUUUCCGACAGAUGACACAAGCUGAUUACGAAACGAAACUCCUCCCCUCAACGUAGUUGCUUGCUACCAAGCUGCUCCCAGAGGGCGCAGGAUUUAGUAUUGAAAAAUAUCGGAUAAAAGUUUAAGGUAGUGGAGGCUGGCUAAAAGUUACUCGAGGUCUACCAACCUGCCACGAUCGACCUGUUACCGGCACGCGCGCCAUGAUGAGCAGCAGCCAUAACAGCCCCUAAGAUGAACGAAACAGAAAAAUAAAGUCGACACAAAACUUUGCGAGAUUGUGAAAAGGAAAUCACCGCCUACCGUAGUCGAGACCUGAGGCGGAGGCGCGGGACGCACUUUUUGCGGCGUGUUAACGGUCGUAGCUCACGUGUAGCGUUUUCAAAAGCUUCUCUCGGCCCUCCGGAUUGCCUUUCUUCGCCAGUGCCCUCUCUGAAUUGUACAUGAAACAAACUCUGAAUGAGAACAAUCACGACAACAAAAAGAUAAAGCACGAUUGCUCUGAUCGCAAGCCGCAAGUGACUUGGGACCAUUUGGUGAGCUACCGGUCGAUCACCAUCGACGUAUUGGGCAUCCCUGCUCUAAAUUGUCCUUAAGUGCGAGCACGAAUGGUUUUAUGUCUCUGUGUACCCUGCGAUUGGCUGGCAACCAGUUCGCGGUGUACCCCGCCUACUGCCCGAAGACAGCUGGGAUAGGCUCCAGCACGCACCCGCGACCCUCGUGAGGAUAAUUAGAAAAUGGAUGCACGGAUGGAUUAAUCAUGGCGACCUGUCACAAGGGUUUUUUUUUUGUUUUGUUUUUUGCCAGUUUCUAAAUUUUACAAUGAAUUGGAAUUUUGAGGUUCCACUGUACAAAUGUUUGCAUUUGUAGUUGACGCCUCUUUUUGCUGCAUGACAUUUUCUCUCUCGCUCAGUAUUCCCUUCUGGUCCUGUUGCUUUGAAUGAGAUUUGUUGGUGGCAGAAGGUUUCAUUGACAGCACUUUUUUUUUUUUUUUUUUUUUUUAAAGCAUCCGUUUCUCAUUUGUCUUAAAUCCACUUUGAGCCUUUUAAAAAAAAUGUCUUAUUGGUUGAGUAAUUGUCACGGAUUCCCCCGAAAAAAACGCAUAUCCUGCAACUCUGCCAAUAAUUCCCUGCACUGUACAUUAACAUAUUUAUUUUUUCUGUAAACAGGACUGUUUAGACUAUAAGGUGUCAUGUUCGGAUGAGCCUGCAUUGCUAAGGGGAGUUAAAAGUAUUUAUUCAGUUUCAUGUUCACACGCCAAUAACACCACCUGGCUUAAGUUUCACUCGACAAAGUUUUGUUUUGUUUUUUUCUUUGAUUUUUGUUUUGAUUUUUUUACCCUCUGGGAAACAUCCACUGGCGUCCCGCCUGUACAAACGUGCAACAUUUGGAAGAGGUUUUAACAUUGACGAUCACAUACGCCAUUGAUCUUAAAUUGGAUCGGGGUGCGGCCAUCUUGUCUCUCGGCGGGAGUCAAAUUGCAAAAAGCCCCAAUUCACAAAUUAGGGCGGAGAAUGAGAAGCAGUAAAAGUUUGUCGACGACGCACUCGUGCUGCGUUAGAAAAUGCAUCUUCGAUGCUUGGUGGAAGGGAGGGUCCAUCCAAAUCCUCCCCCACCCCACAAAAAAAAAAAAACAUGCCAGACUAUUGGCGUUUGUCUUCAUUUGUGCCUUUUGUGAACGCGAGUUCUUGCACUGCCGAGGAGCGUCUGCUGUCAUGUCGCUGUCAUGUCACCGACCCCCCCCAACCCACACCCCCACCCUUCCUCCUGUUGUGUUUGCACACCACUACCAUGACCCAACCAUGUUUCGGAUUAUUUAUCAUCGCCGACCGCGAUGGCGCGAUCCGCCAGAAGCUGAUAACGUGAGGUCAAAGCGCGCGGCUGUCCCGAUGCCUUCUCCUCUCCCCCUCCUCCUCCUAUUAUGUAAAAGACUUUUAUAGAGGGUC